UGAUUCAGGGCGAUGCUGAUGACUGAGAGCAGGUAAAAAACAUAAGCCGAGGAACAUGUGGAGCCUUUUUACGCACCGUGGGAGAGUUUUGCGCCACUUGCUCCUGUGGCACAAACAUGCUUUUUUAAAAGUGCUCUCUGUUUGAGUAACUUUUUUUAAAAUUUGAAGACAGUAGUAUGAAGUCACCAGAUCUGGCAUGUUUCCUGCGUUGUGUCCUCAUGCUCAGGAUUGCGACCCAUGGGAUGUAGUAAAUGGAGAGUUGCGUUCAACUUUGGACACCUGAAGGCGCAGUCCAAGCUGUCCGUCUUCUUUACCAUGAUCAUUCUCUUCACGUAUCUCUUCUACUGCCUCAACGGAUUCUGUGACUCCCUGCCCAGGCCUGUGUACGACCAGCAAAGUAAUCUCAAAGCCAUCCUAAAUGAUGGACACGAAGCGGAGCAGCUCGGCGCGUAUAACGCGUCCCCGGUCUCGUUCGUCCGGGAGCAACUGUCGGACUUGUCGAACGGCGAAGCUCCUUCGAACAAUAUUUCUAUAGCUAAUAAUUUUGGCAGCAAAAAGUACCCCCAGGCCAUCAUCAUCGGGGUGAAGAAAGGCGGCACUCGGGCUCUGCUGGAGUUCCUGCGCAUCCAUCCGGACGUGAGAGCCGUGGGCGCAGAGCCGCACUUCUUCGACCGCUUCUACGAGAGGGGACUGGAAUGGUACAGGUAA